AUGAACAAAAGACGUUGUUUAGAGCAAUCUCUUGUAGGAAAAAACAACCUGAGUAUACCAGAUAGCAGUUAUACAGCAUCAUCAUAUCACAAAAACUCAACCAUCCCAGGCGAUGUCCGAUACGCACCUUACAACGCCAAGCUGAAUGGUUCAUAUGGAUGGGGAGCAAGAGAUAAUAAUAAUCCUGAUGAUUACCUGCAGAUUGACCUCGGUACUACCCGUGUUGUUACUGCUCUAGCAACACAAGGAAAUGGCUUCUCUGAUGAAUGGGUGUCAAAGUAUAAAAUUCAUCACUCCAAUAACCUUACAAAGUGGACAAGUUAUGCAGAAAAUCAUUUCCUGAAGAUAUUUGAAGGCAAUACAGACAGUAAUGGAGUAAAACGUCACGAUCUUAGUCAAAACCCGAUAACAGCAAGGUACAUCAGGUUUGUCCCAGUAACAUACAAUGGUCACAAGACGAUGCGAGUUGACAUAAGUGUGAUUUAUCAAGAAGUACCAGUAGUGUCAGCAAUUCCUCAACAAAGGUCAAUCCAAUUAAGCUGGAUUAUCAAACAGUGCAAUCUAACAGGUCCCAUUACUGGGUUCGUCAUUAAAAAUGGAAGUAAAGAUCUUCACGUAAGCGGCAGUGAUAGGCAGUACGCUUUACUGGGCCUGAAGCCACACACAGAAUAUGACGUAAGGUUGCUAGCAAAAACACAACGUGUAAAUGGAUCAUGGAGCGAGACAACAAAGAUUAAGACAAAGGAGGAUGCCCCCUCUGCUCCGGUGAAUGUCACUGGUGCCUUAAUACCUGCACAAGGUUCCUUUGGACCACGUGCUGUUAUCACGUGGGAAAGACCACGUUAUCUGCAUGGUAUCAUCAGAAAGUACACCAUUGUAUACUACUAUAACGAGGAAACAUUCAAUGACAAGACAGUCACUAUCAGUGGAUCAGCUGAUCUCAACUACAGUAUCAAUGUUACAAAGAAUGGAAUACUAUCAUACAAGAUAAGUGCGACUACGGUCAAGGAAGGACCUUAUGCAGAUGGGAAAGACAUUGAGUAUGGGUGUCCAGAGCAAUCUCUUGUUGGAAAGGAGAAAAAUCUGAAACUAUCAGACAGCAGUUACACAGCCUCAUCAUAUUAUAGACGACCAAGCUUCCCAGGCGAUGUUCGAUACGCACCUUACAACGCCAAGCUGAAUGGUUCACAUGGAUGGGCAGCAAGAUAUAAUAAUAAUCCUGAUGAUUACCUGCAGAUUAAUCUCGGUACUCCACGUGUAAUUACUGCUGUAGCAACACAAGGAAGUGGUCGCACUGCGAAUAGAGAAUGGGUGACAAAAUACAAGCUGUAUUUAGCACCAAAUAACAUAACGCGGUGGUAUACUUAU